AUGGGCCCAAGGCUGAAGCAGCCACUGUGGCCAGAGGAUGCAGUGUCCUCUGGCUGGCCAGGCCAGAGCCACAUCCCACCUCUGCAGCCUGAUGUGGGGCCCACCCAUCCCGAAGGGAGGGAAAGGGCAUCAUUCCACUAUCAGGGAGGUGCCAAGUACGAAGGGGAGGCCGGCUGGCGGUCCCUGGUGGAGUCAUACCCUCACCCGAAGGACAAUGAGGCAGAAGAGCAGGAGAACAUCGAGAUCAUCAUGAACUGGUUCACCAAGGCGGACCUUGACUUCGUGACUCUGUACUGCAGGGAGCCUGAUGACAUGGGGCACCGCUUCAGGCCCAAGACAGAGGACAGGAGGGUGAGGAUUCGGCCCAUCGACAGACCCAUCGGGUACCUGUUGGAAGCCAUCCAGAGGCACGGCUUGACCCUGCACCUCAACGUCAUCAUCACAUCAGACCACGGCAUGACCAUCGUGAAAAAGAAGCCCAAUGUCACCGAGAUCCUCCUGAGCAACUACAUCAGCUUCAGGGACUUGGUCAAGUGUGAUAUCGUGGACUACGGCAGCUUUGGGGUGCUCCUGCCCAAGCCCGGGCAGGAGGAAGCUGUUGACCAAGCGCUGAAGCACGCACACCCUCCCCUCAAUGUCUAUAAGAAGAAGGAACUUCCAGAACGCUUCCAUUUUGCCAAACAUGAGCAGGUCCUGCCAAUUGUGAUGUAUGCAGUCCCUGGUUAUAACAUCAAUGGGGUGAGCAGCUUCUAAAAUGAGUCAAGUCCACGUGGAUCUGGGAGGCAGCAACAAGGGAA